AUGCCCCACAGCCAUCACUCCCAUUCCGGACAAUUCUGCAAACACGCUAAAGGCACCCUGGAAGAGGUUGUUAUUGAAGCCAUUAAACAGGGAUUUCAUACAUACGGUCUAACAGAACAUGUCCCGCGGUACAGAGAAGCAGAUUUAUACCCUGAGGAGGCGGGGUGCUCUCUAGACUCCCUUGCGUGGCAAUUCGAGGGCUUCCUGGACGAGGCUCAUCGGCUGAAGUCUGCCUACGCCGCUCAGAUACGCCUGCUUGUCGGGCUGGAGACGGAGUUUAUUACAGACAUGGAUUUGGAAUACCUGGAGAAACUGCUCGAGAAGCACAAAGGUCGGGUUGAUUACCUCGUGGGAUCUAUCCACCACGUCAACGGUAUCCCUAUUGAUUUCGACGAGGCGACUUACCGGCAGUCCAUUCGGAGCCUUUCGACUAAUGACUCCGUUGUAGAGAACUCUGAUCCCGAAAGUAUGGAGCGCUUCCUGUGUAUGUAUCUCGACGCUCAAUACCGUGUCAUGCGUCGGUUUCACCCUGAGGUGAUCGGUCACUUCGACCUAUUUCGCCUUUAUACUCCGGACGUGUUGCUGCUCCGCCACAGCAAAGCAUGGGAAAAGGUGGAACGAAAUAUCCAAUAUGCUACUGGAUAUGGCGCUGUAUUUGAAGUCAAUGCAGCUGCCUUGAGAAAAGGAUGGAAGUCGCCGUAUCCUGCUCCAGAUGUUUUGCAGGCGAUACUACAGCUCGGUGGAAGAUUGGUACUAUCCGAUGAUAGCCAUGGACCUCAGGCUGUGGGCCUCAAUUACGACCUCGUCAAAGAGUACCUCACGAACAUGGGCGUCACUCAACUUCAUUAUUUGCAAAUUAGCGAAGAGCCAAACAACUUUGGAAGGCAUGUGGUCGCUGUCAAGGUGGAGAACCACUGGUGGGAGGAUCCGUUCUGGAACACGCAUCAUCCAGUGCAGCGUUAG